AUGCAGAAAAAGGAGAAAAGUUUCGGUAUACAAAUGCUCUCAGUCCAGCCAGACACCAAGCCGAAAGGUUGUGCUGGCUGCAACCGUAAGAUUAAAGACCGGUAUCUUCUAAAGGCCCUGGACAAAUACUGGCAUGAAGACUGCCUGAAAUGUGCCUGCUGUGACUGUCGUUUGGGGGAGGUGGGCUCUACUUUGUACACCAAAGCCAACCUUAUCCUUUGUCGCAGAGACUACCUGAGGUUAUUUGGAGUUACAGGAAACUGUGCUGCCUGCAGUAAGCUCAUACCUGCUUUUGAGAUGGUGAUGAGAGCUAAGGACAAUGUUUAUCACCUGGACUGUUUUGCAUGUCAACUUUGUAAUCAGAGAUUUUGCGUUGGAGACAAAUUUUUCCUGAAGAACAACAUGAUUCUGUGCCAGACAGACUAUGAGGAGGGUUUAAUGAAAGAAGGUUAUGCACCCCAGGUUCGCUGA